ACUCCGACCCUUCUAGAAACAUCUCAGCCGUCCUUGCUUUCCUUCCUCGACUACUGAGCUCCGACUCGACGUCGCCGGCGCCGUGGAGUUCACUGCUUGAUCUGUGCUCUCAUUAUAGGGGUUUGAUUGGUGCAUUUCGAUCAUUUAUCCACAUGAGCUUCCAAAUCUACGUGAAAUUUCUUGAAUCGUUAAUUUCUGUGCCCUAGCAGAUUUUUUGCUUAACUAAACUCUUGUUUCUUGAAUGUCGGAGCCGCCGCGAGUCGUGAAAUUGGUGAUGGAUUGUGCUGAUUCAGAAUCACGACCAGUGCUGGGGCCUGCCGGAAACAAGACGAGAUCGGUGGUGGAAUUGCGUAAACCGGCUGCGAAACCUAAGAGUAAAGUAGGAAAACCGGGGGAAGUUAAGAAAUCUCCUUCGCCGGUGACGGUUAUUGCAAAUUCGGCUUUGCAUUCUAAAGCAAUAACCCCUCCUCCGCCGUCGAUUUUGAGACAAAAGGAUUCUAAGCUGCUGAAGUCGAAUUUGCCGAUGAAUGCGUCAUGCUCAUCGGACGCCUCUUCCGAUUCUUCACACAGUCGAGCGUCUACUGGGAAGAUUAGUCGACGGAGUGUGACACCUACACCGUUUCGUGGUAAGCAAUCUGCUGUUUCGAGAACCGGAAAGCUUGAGAAUGCUUUGAAAACAGUUUCAAAAACAGGAAAAGUUGAGAGUUUUCCAAGAGGUGAAAAACUUGAAAAUGUUGUUGUGGAGACUGAUAGUUCUUUGGAGGCUUCAUCUGAUGCUUCACCAGGGCGGAAGAGAUGUGCUUGGGUGACAGCUAAUACCGAUCCUUGUUAUGCUGCUUUCCAUGAUGAAGAAUGGGGAGUCCCGGUACACGAUGACAAGAAAUUGUUUGAAUUGCUCAGUUUGUCCACUGCAUUGGCUGAACUCACAUGGCCCACUAUUCUCAACAAAAGGCAUUUGUUUAGAGAAGUAUUUCAUGAAUUCGACCCUGUUGCUGUCUCGAAAUUGAAUGAUAAGAAAAUUGCAGUACCAGGAAACCCUGCGACUUCCCUUCUUUCAGAGGUGAAAUUACGAGGAAUUAUUGAAAAUGCACGCCAAGUUUGCAAGAUAGCCGAUCAGUUUGGAUCCUUUGACAAGUACAUAUGGGGCUUCAUAAACCACAAGCCUAUAGUGAACAAAUUCCGCUACUCUCGCCAAGUACCAAUCAAGACAUCCAAAGCCGAGUCAAUAAGCAAAGAUUUGGUCAAAAGGGGUUUUCGAGGCGUGGGUCCCACGGUCGUUUACUCAUUUCUACAAGUGGGAGGGCUUACAAACGACCAUCUGAUUAGUUGCUUCAGGUUUUCCGAAUGUGUACAAGAGAAAAGUGAGAAUGGGUCGGGGUCGGGGUCGGGAUUGGGAUCGGAUGACGGAAAUGGGUUGGGAAGGGUUAUGGAUGAAUUGAGUUUAUCGGGUGAGUAGGAUGUGGAAAGAAGAAGGUAUGUGUACAAAUUGUUGUAUUAAGGUUUGUAGAUUAAAAGGGGUAUACAAUUACAUGAUGAAAAUGAUGAUGAUGAUUGUGAGAUGUUAUUCUUUACAACCAUUUUGC